GCGAUAUUCCGUUUAACUUCAUGCCGGUUACCGUGCGGUACAAGUAGUUCGGGGCUGCAGUAGUCAACAUGGAAGAUAAAAAAAGAUACUGCGGAAUCUGUCGUGCAAUUUGAUUGAUUUUUGACAGAUUUCUAUCGACAAACACACUGAAAAUGAUUUAUUUUGCCACAUGAUUUACAAACUGCUUUUCUUGCGGGCCAUUUGGAUCGUGGAUGCCUGGAACGAUCGCAAAAAUAGCAUUCAGAAUGGAUCGACAAGAGAUAAGGUGUGGAGUCAGGUAAAAAAAACUGAUUUGAAUUACGCCAAGCGGUUAGCGAGCACCAUCCACAUUUAUUGUUUCAUCUUGACUGAGUCGUCUCAGCUAGACUCACAGCUGCACGUCCAGAAUACGUGGGUUAGGAGAUGCACUCGAUAUGGAUUUGUCACGCCUACACCCCACAGAUUACUUCGAAGACUCGAUUCCAACCACAGUACGUUAACUUACAAGCGAAAGUCAUGGAAUACUAUGCGUAUCACGCUCCGGUCGCUUUAUGCCAGCAAAGAGCCAGUAAUGUACUACUUGAAGGCUGACUUUGACACGUACAUUAUCAUGGAAAACGUACGGUACAUGCUGGAGCUGGAAGAUCCAAAGGAACCUUUUUUGUUGGGUCACGUUCAUGAGCCCGGUCCUUAUGGAGAUAAAAUUUCUAACAGCGUUGGUUAUUUGCUGUCUAAGCGGGCCCUGGAACUGAUCGUUACCCGGGGGUUGGAUAAGAAACCUGAGUGUGGAGAAACCGAUCGGCGUGAAGACGAGCAGAUAAGUCUCUGUGCCGAAGCUGUCGGGGUUGAAGUACGGGACAGUUUCGAUUUUCUCGGCAAAUCUCGCUUCAGCAAUGUGACAAUCAAUGACCUUUUGGGGCCCUAUCCAAACAACACUCCUCGUUGGUAUCCUGAGGAAUCCGACUACACUUUGCCAAAAUACGAUCUGCGCAAGGCGAGUAACCCAGUCGAUGCCGCGAUCCUACGACUACAACAUAAAUAUGAAGACGUUUUCAGCGAAGGUCUUGGAUGUUGUUCGAAAACAAAGGCAGCGCUUCAUCUGCGCCCGGACGUCCAGCCAGUUUUCAGACCCAAAAGGUCAGCACCAUACGCGGCUUUACCAAUCCUUGAUACCGAACUCCAACGCCUUGAAGGUGCCGGAGUCCUGAAACUGGUGAAUUACUCCUCAUGGGCUGCACCACAGCCAAAGGGUGCCGCACGUAUCUGUGCCGAUCACUCUACAGGUUUGAAUGAUGCCUUGGACAGUCAUCACUAUCCAUUGCCGCUAUCUGCUGAUAUUUUUGCCAAGAUGAACGGCGGCGCGUAUUUCGCAAAACGAGAUCUUUCAGAAGCCUACCUGCAAGUUAAUGUCGCAGAGGAAUCCAGACACAUUCCGACGAUCAAUACGCACCGUGGCCUAUUCCAGUACACUCGAUUGCCAUUCGGAGUAAAAACUGUACCAGCCAUCUUCCAGCAGAUUAUGGACACGAUGCUAUGUGAUCCGACCGGAGUUGCCGCAUACCUUGACGACACCGUCGUCGUUGGGGCCACAUAA